GAACACAGAGAGGUGUAUGUGUGUGAGUGCGGCGCGUACUGUGAACUGUUUUGUAUGCUGCGCUAAUAAUAGCGUGCAUAAUUCGGUAAUUGAACAUCUCUGUGUAACAAACAGCCAGAGACAGCCUAAUGAGUUGGUCCAGUGUACAGCAGAUUGGUGGAUUUGAUUAAAAAUGGGAUUAAUAAAGCUUCAGAACCCCAGCCAUCCCUCGGCGCUCCUUCACAAAGCCAACCAGAUGCGACUUUUGGGGACUCUGUGUGAUGUGGUUAUUCUUGUGGAUAGCCAGGAAUUCCAUGCUCAUCGGACUGUCUUGGCUUGCACGAGCAAGAUGUUUGAAAUUUUGUUUCUUCGCAACAGUCAGCAUUACACCUUGGACUUCCUUUCACCAAAGACUUUCCAGCAGAUUCUCGAGUAUGCUUACACUGCCACACUCCAGGCAAAAGUUGAAGACUUGGAUGAUCUGCUGUACGCAGCCGAGAUACUGGAGAUAGAGUACUUGGAGGAACAGUGCCUGAAGAUUCUAGAGACUAUUCAGGCAACAGAUGAUAAUGAUGCAGAAAUGACCGUCACUGAAGAUGAGGAUGGAGGGAAGGCCAGGUUUAAUAAGAAUAUACUGGUUACAAAGCAACUUUCUGGUGAAGAGGCUGGUUAUGCUACUAACCAAGCUGUACCAGGCAGGACGAUGGAAGAACAAAGUCCUUCUGUCUCCACUUCAUUUGGACUUUCAGCAAUGAGCCCCACCAAAGCUGCUGUAGAUAGUCUUAUGAGUAUUGGACAGUCAAUUAUACAAGGUUCUUUGCAACAAGCCUCAGCAGAUGAAGCAUUCGCUGCUGGCGACAGGCAUCCCAUGCUAACUGAAGUCAAGCAUGAAGUGAUGCAAGUGGAGGAGGCCUCUAGUCCCAGGACAGGCGAAUCUGGCUCUUCAGGGGGUGAUAAGAUAUCUGAUGCAGAUAGGUACAAGGAAGGCCCUGGUACGCCAACACGAAGCAGUGUUAUCACCAGUGCCCGUGAACUGCACUACGUCCGUGAAGAGAACUCAGGAGAGCAACCUCACGAGGCAGGACUGGGCAUACAAAUGGGAAUGGAGAGCAACUCCAAUGUGCAGGGUGAGAAACAUGCCACCUUGUACCCUGUCCAAUUCAACCGCAGAACUGAUGGCCUGUUGGAGGUGCCUACUUCUUUAUCCUCUGCUCUCCACGUGCAGCCAACACUCUCUGUUGCUAUGGACUUUACUGGUUACGGAGGGCUUCUGCCUCAAGGCUUCAUUCAGAGGGAGCUUUUCAACAAACUGGGUGAACUCGCAGUGGGCAUGAAGACUGAGAAUAGGUCCACCAGUGAGAGGUGUAACGUUUGUGGCAUGGAACUAUCAGACAAUGAAGCCAUCGAGCAGCACAGGAAGCUGCACAGCGGAAUGAGGACCUAUGGGUGCGAACUAUGUGGUAAACGAUUCCUGGACAGCUUACGGCUACGGAUGCAUCUGCUUUCGCAUUCAGCAGGUGCAAAGGCCUUUGUUUGUGAUCAAUGUGGAGCACAGUUCUCUAAGGAAGAUGCCCUAGAAAGCCAUCGUCAGACUCAUACCGGUACUGACAUGGCAGUCUUCUGCUUGCUCUGUGGGAAACGGUUCCAGACACAGAUCGCGUUGCAGCAACACAUGGAGGUGCACGCUGGAGUCCGCACUUACAUCUGCAGCGAAUGUGACCGAACUUUCCCCAGCCACACAGCACUGAAACGCCAUCUCAGGUCACACACAGGUGACCACCCGUAUGAGUGCGAAUUCUGUGGGAGCUGCUUCCGGGACGAGUGUACUCUGAAGAGUCACAAGCGCAUUCACACUGGGGAAAAGCCCUACGAAUGCAAUGGAUGUGGGAAGAAAUUUAGUCUGAAGCACCAGCUGGAGACUCACUACCGAGUUCACACAGGUGAAAAACCCUUUGAGUGUAAAUUGUGCCAUCAACGGUCCCGGGACUACUCCGCCAUGAUCAAGCACCUACGCACCCAUAAUGGAGCCUCCCCCUACCAGUGCACAAUAUGUUUGGAUUACUGCCCCAGCCUCUCUGCUAUGCAGAAGCACAUGAAAGGCCACAAGCCCGAGGAUAUUCCGCCAGACUGGAGAAUAGAGAAAACCUAUCUCUAUCUGUGCUACGUCUAAUGUAAAACUUGGGUCAUUUAAGAACAUCGCCAAACGUGACGGGCAGUAGCAACAAGUUUAAGUACUUAAGAGACUGCAAAGUGCCACAGCAGAGAAAGCAGUUUAUUUUCGAGUUCGUACGUACGUGUGGUCAUUACCAAAAUUGUUUUUCUUUUUGUUUUGUUUGUUUUUUAAAAAGAAAAAUGGCCCUGCCUGGUUAGGCGAGAGUCGAGACUUAUUCUGAAAGCUACCUCUUAUGUUUUUUUUUAACUUUUUUUUGGCAAGUUACUAAAGCACAGUUUGCAGUAUUUUGUGUUUUACAUUGUCGCCACAAUUGUUCAUCUCAUGCUUGUACUGUCUGCUGCAUUUGUUUUAGUAAGGUAAC